GCAGGGACUUCGAGAGUUGGAUGCUGCCAAUACCAUCCCUCUCAACGGCUUUUUCAGUCUCGCCCCAAUUUUACUUCAAAAGCAUGCCUGAGUAUUAUACAGGCUCUGAAGUCUCAGUACAUAUUUCCGUCUAAUCGUCUUAAUUCUGCAAGUACCGUGUUCCAGGUUGCGCUCGUCGAGACGUGUCACCCUCAGGAUUCUGCCACCAUCAGGUUAAUUUCAAAGGGGUAGUUGACAUGACGUUGUCUUUGGUCCACCGAGCGGCAAAGCCCUCCAUAUCAGCCAAAUCAACAAGAGUUUCGCUCACGGCUCUCCGUUUCCGGCAUAAAGGCACCUCGCUCUCAGCCAUUCAUAAGGGUCUCGUCCUGUCAGAAAAGGCGCGGCCACAAGGCGCCCGCCCUGGCAAAAUCAGCGACUUAGCUAAAGGGUCAAAGCGGAUGACAUACGCUGAAAGGCAGAAAGCCAGACAACAGUUGGCCGAAGAGAGGCCGUCCUUCAAGAUCUGGAAGGGCAAGAAGGACAUCACGGACUAUCCGCACGAGGCCAAGCCGAAGUCCCGUCAGGCUCGCUUCUACGAUCCAGAUUCUUCAUUCGGCAAGAAGAGCCUGGUGUAUCAGCUGAAGACCGGUAAGCUCAGCGAGGAGUUGAAAGCUCAGGGAAAGAAAAAGGAGGACGAAUCCUUACAGUCGGCGUUCCAACGCACCGGGCCUCGGCCAGAUCUGCAGACCAGCCAUCGCCGGAUGGGGAAGAGCCGCACAAGCACACGUUCCUCCCGGAAGGCCAAAGAUAAAGAGGAUGUGUGGGACCCCGUCGCGGAACUAUCGCGACCAGCAGGGCCCAGCAGAGGCAACCUUCGCGGCGACAGAGACCGCCCCAAGGAUCGCGACAUGCCUCGCAGAAACGAGAGCGGCUCCAAGGAUAGGGACGUACCUCAAAGAGGCAAGGACAACUUCAUAGACAGCGAGACCCAGUUCAGAGGACAAGACAGCCCUCGCCAUGAUACCGACCGUCCACACAGAGACAGUGACGCCUUCAAGGGCAGGGACAUUCCCCCCAGAGAGCAAGACGCUCCCCACAGGUAUUCAGACCGCGGCAGGAGAGACGAGCCUUCGGAUGACAGGACCUUAUCCAACCCAAAAAAGAACCGCGAGCCAAUCUCCAUCCCAUACACAACCGCCGCGUCCCAGUUCCUCUACGGCAAAUCCGUCGUCGAGGCCGCUCUGCGCUCGUCGCGCCGCAAGCUCUACAAGCUCUACAUCUCCAAAGACGCCACCCGCCCAAACGAGGACAUCUCCCUCAUCCAGAAACUUGCCAAACGCAACGACGUCCCCAUCACCUUCGUCGACAGGGACGGCCAACGCCUCAUGGACAAGCUGUCGGCCUCGCGCCCACACAACGGUUUCGUCCUCGAAGCUUCCCCACUCCCGCAACCGCCCCUCACCGCCCUCGGCCCGCUCCCGGAAGACUACGCCGCCAACCCCGUAGUCCCACUCACCCUCGCACAUCAAUCGGUCGAAGAAGCCGCCAUCAACGGCACCCCGUCCUCCAUCCCCUCCCUAUCCGCCGGCCCUCACAUUCCCAGCACCACUCACAAACCCCUCGUCGUGGUCCUCGACCGCAUCCUCGACCCAGGCAACCUAGGCAACAUUCUCCGCUCCGUGCACUUCCUUGGCGCGAGCGCCGUCGCCAUCACGCGACGCGGCUCGGCGUCCCUCACGCCGGUGGCCCUCAAGGCCUCGUCCGGCGCGUCCGAGGACAUGCGCCUCUUCAGCGUCACCAACCUCGCCGAGUUCGUGACACUGUCCCGCGCCAACGGGUGGUCCGUCUACGCGGCGGUCGCGUCGGCUGGGCCCCGCAGCGCGCAGCAUCGCCUGCGGCAUUUCAGCGUGUGGGAGGUCGACGGGUCGGAUCCGCUGCGUCGGGACCCGUGCGUGCUGCUCAUUGGGAAUGAGGCGGAGGGGUUGGAUCGGUUGAUUGUUAAGAAGGCGGAUUUUGAAGUGAAUAUUCCCAACUUGUCCGGGUCGGGGGUGGUGGAUAGUUUGAAUGUUGGCGCGGCGACUGCAUUGUUGUGUUCGGCCUUCAUGAGGGGCGUGGGCAGGGAGUUGCAGGGGGUAGGGGGUGCUACGGGUGAAAGUUCGGCUACAGGCGAGAAGGACGACGGGGACGAAGAGGAUGAAGAGAAUGAGGAGAAUGAAGAGGGAGAAGAUAAAAAGGAUGAGGAGAAGGAAGAGAACGAGGAGGAAGAAGAAGUAGAAGAAGAGGAGGAAGAGAAAGAAGAAGAGGAGGAGGAGGAAGACAAGGAGGAAGAGAAUGAUCGAGGCAAAGGUAAGAAGUAAGGGGAAGAAGGAAAAGUUCGUUGAUAGAUGAGCGUG